AUGAAUCAAACCCAGGGAAGAGAAGAUUUUAAUCCAGAAGAGUUGGCGGAACUCCUGAUAGUGUACUACAAGCGGCUUUUCCCUUACAAACAGUUUUAUCAGUGGCUUUCCUAUGAUGAGGAAAAACUCUUCCAGCACCGUGAGUUUUGCUUCACGUACGAUGGAGAGGUGUUCCAGAGGUACCUGACUUUUGAUGACCAGGAACAUCUGGCUAAGGAGAUGUCGGCAAAAGUACCAUCGAAGAUUGACAUUGGUCCCAUCAUGAAUGUCAGGCCUAAUAAAUUUGGGAUAGCGCAAAACUUGCAAUUCCUGCAGAGAGAGUUGAUUUUUGAUAUUGAUAUGACGGAUUACGAUGACAUCCGGACAUGCUGUUCAGGAGCUGCAAUUUGUCAGAAGUGUUGGAAAUUCAUGGGAGUUGCCUGUGAGAUUCUCAAUGUGGCACUUAAAGAGGAUUUUGGGUUUGAGAAUCUUCUGUGGGUGUUUAGUGGAAGAAGAGGAAUUCACUGCUGGAUCAGCGAUCCCAUUGCCAGGAAUCUCGAUGUCAAGGGACGAGGGGCUGUCUCGCAGUAUCUCAAUCUUGUGGGGAGGAAUGAGGCUAAUGAUCGCUAUGACAGAGAUUGCGACUAUCUCCACGUUCGUGUCCAGAGAGCUCUGGUGACUAUUGAUUCAGUUUUUGAGGAGAUCUGCCUCCAGGAUCAGGAUCUCUUCAGCAAUCCUGAGAACAUUCAGAAACUUCUAUUGGCUCGCAUUCAUGACGAUGGGAUUCGCAGUGAACUGAAAACGAGACUUUUGGGACUGGCCAGGAACUCCAAGAUCAUUUGGGAAACAUUCGUUGGGUUCAUUAACACGGUCAAAGGGAAGCAUCCAAGGCUGAAAUACAUUGUGGAGGAUGUGAAAAUAUCCCUGAUUUAUCCACGACUGGACAUCAAUGUCAGUAAGGGAGUUAAUCACUUGCUAAAAGCUCCUUUUUGCGUCCAUCCCAAAACCGGGAAGAUCUGUGUACCAUUUACGCCAGGAAUGACUGGGAAUUUCGAUCCCACAUCUGUCCCGACUGUCAAGCAUUUGUGUGAGGAAAUCAAUGCUUAUGAUGUGAAAAAAGCAGAAAAUGCAGAGAAAUUCGACACAGGAGUCUCAAAUAUCCAGGAUUACAAGAAAACCUCCCUGCACAAAGCUGUUCACAUCUUUGAGGAAUUUAUCCGGAAGUGCGGGAAGACUGCUGAGAAGAAGAAGGAGACAAUGGAUGUGGACAUUUUUUAAAUAAAAUUCAAAGAAAAAUUCAGAAA